ACCCUCAAAAACUGUGUGUAAAGUUUUAAACAAUGCUAAAAAUGUACGGACAUAGAUGGUGGUGUUUCGCGGCGGUUGUGGUGGUGGCGUGUUGGUGGAAAGGUGUUGUGGGACAACAACAACCGCGGCAGGCUUCGGCCAUAUGGGUGAUGGGAGAUUCAUUGGUGGAUAAUGGGAAUAACAACUUUCUCAUGUCCUUAGCUAGAGCUAAUUAUUAUCCGUAUGGCGUCGAUUACUACCGCGGUCCUACGGGUAGAUUUUGUAAUGCAAGGACUUUCAGUGAUAUACUUGGAGAUUGGCUAGGAGUAGCGGCUCCGCCACCGUUUGCCGAUCCCAGGACGGCCGGAAACAGGAUUCUGGGUGGUGUCAAUUAUGCUUCGGCUGCUGGUGGUAUCCUUGAUGAAAGUGGCCAACACUAUGGAGAUCGUAUCACCUUGAACCAGCAAGUUGUGAAUUUCGAGACUACGUUAGGCCAGUUACGAACUAUGAUAAGUCCAGCAAACCUCACUCAAUUCCUCGCGAACUCGAUAGUGAUCAUGGUUUUUGGUAGCAACGAUUACAUCAACAAUUACCUAAUGCCAAACCUCUAUGCAACGAGCCGCUUUUACAAUCCCCAAGCAUUUUCCAACCUCCUUCUCAAUCGUUAUGCUCGUCAAAUUCAAGCACUAUACAGCCUAGGACUACGGAAAUUCUUUCUAGCGGGAGUUGGGCCAAUUGGGUGCACACCAAACCAGUUAGCCACUGGUCGAGGUGCGCCUGGGCGAUGUGUGGACUCGGUGAACCAGAUGGUAGGACCGUUUAACGAGGGCCUCAAAAGUCUUGUUGGUCAGUUCAAUGGUGGCUCCCAUCCUGGAGCCAUGUUUGUAUAUGGAAACACAUAUGGUACUUUUGGUGACAUUUUGAAUAAUCCUGCAAGAUAUGGGUUUAGGGUGAGAGAUAGAGCAUGUUGUGGGUUGGGAAGGAACCAAGGACAAAUAACGUGUAUCCCGAAUUUAAUGCCAUGCGCCAAUCGGAACGAAUAUGUGUUUUGGGAUGCUUUCCACCCGACGCAAGCUGCAAAUGGGGUUCUCGCUCAAAGGGCGUACAGCGGAUCCACUACAGACACCUUUCCGAUCAAUGUUCAACAAUUGGCACAACUUAAACUGUGAUCGUGUUUUCGGUCAUGGUUUUGAUCCGUGAAUCUGGUUGUUUUAUUUCUGUCUUUUAAGAAGAUGAUGUUGGUGUGUUUUACUUGUGAAAAAUAUUUGUACUUUUAAACUUAUAAAAGGUUGUUAUGCUUCAAUAUGCUUGUAAAAAAGUUAUGUUUCCA